AUGACUGAAGAUUUUGACUACGAUGACUUGGAUGAUUUGCUGGAUGAGGAUCCAUCUAAGCUAGAGGAUGUGCAGGCAGAAACCACGCAGAGCCGAGGAACCACAGAGGCAGAUGGUUUGAAGAAGCCAGCUGAUCCUGUGAUGGAUAAAGAUGAUCCUGCAGUGAAGGAAAUGAUUGAGGAUUUACAACAGGAAUUUCAGAACUUAAUGAAACAGAACGGUGACGGUGCCAAUGUGAACAUAGAGGACAAAGAGGCUGCUGAGAACUUCAAGAAACUGCUAGAUAUUCUAGAAGAAGUUGGGCAAGUUCCCAAGGAAACCACUACACAACAGCUAGAAAGUCUCAAUACUCAGACAACUUCAAAGGGUGAGAAAGCAGGUAAAGGUGGAUUUAAGGAUGUCAUAUCCAGCACUUUGGAUAGACUGAAAGAGAAUGCCAAUAAAGUUGAUACCCAACUGGAAGAAGAGAAGAAACAAAGUAUCAAUGGCUCUGGCAACCCAGAUGAAGUGCUAUCCAAAUUACUAAAUGAUCUUGUAAGUGAUUCAGGUGAUGUUCCAGCAGAUGGUGAAAUGGAUAAUGCGAUACUAGGUAUAUUGAAUAAAAUGUCGUCAAAGGAGGUUCUGUACCAACCAAUGAAGGAUAUGCAAAUUGAGUUUUCAAAAUGGCUAGAAGAUAAUAAAGAUCACCCUUCUCAUAAAGAUAAUAUGGAUACCUAUAAAAGACAAUUUGAGCUGGUUAAUAAGCUGAUUGUCAUAUAUGAGAAACCCGAUUAUGAUAAUGACAAAGAUAGAGAUGAAGUUACAGAGCUGCUUGAUCAGCUUGAACAACUUGGUGAUUCACCAGUGAGCAAAAAUUUCAACGGAGGAAACCCAGCUAAUGAUUUCGAUGAAAUGUCUAAGAUGUUGAAUAUAGAUGCAAAUGAUCCUAAACUGGCUGAUCUGGAUAAAGAUCUAGCCGAUACGUGUAAACAACAAUAG